AGCAACGUAAACACUCAAAUACAACUGCAUGGACAUCUUCUACAUGCCUCUCCUUUGCCUCUUGGUAACCUUAUUGCUCUCAUCCCUCCGGUUCCUCUUCCACAAGUCCAAACCGGGGACAGGGCUGCCCCCGGGCAGGACAGGGUGGCCAGUGAUUGGUGAGAGCCUCGAGUUCUUCUCCAUGGGCCGGAAGGGCCACCCUGAGAAGUUCAUCUUCGACCGAAUGGCUAAGUACUCCCCCGCUGUCUUCCGCACCCACCUCCUUGGCGAGCGCACAGCCGUCUUUUGUGGCGCAACAGGAAACAAGUUCCUCUUCUCCAACGAGAACAAGCUCGUGCAGUCGUGGUGGCCAUUCUCUGUCGAUAAGAUCUUCUCAUCCUCCAUCCGAACCUCCUACAAAGAAGAGUCUAUCAAGAUGAGGAAAAUGCUCCCUAACUUCCUCCAACCCGAAGCCCUCCACCGCUACAUCGGGAUCAUGGACCACAUCGCCCGCCACCACUUCGCCGACGGAUGGGAUAACAAGAAGGAGGUCGUUGUCUUCCCUCUCGCCAAAAACUACACAUUCAGAAUCGCAUUCCGCCUCUUCCUCAGCAUUGAGGAUCCCAAACAACUCGACAAAUUUGCUAAGCCGUUCAAUCUGCUUGCCUCUGGUGUGAUCUCCAUCCCCAUUGAUCUUCCAGGAACUCCCUUCAACAAGGGGAUCAAGGCCUCCAACUUCAUUAGGAAGGAGCUCGUCGCCAUCAUCAAGCAGCGGAAGCUAGACCUCCCCAAUGGCAAGGUGUCGUCGUCGCAGGACAUCCUCUCGCAAAUGCUGCUCACCAGCGACGAUACGCAGGAGUUAGACAUAGCCAACAUGAUCCUAGCGUUGCUGACUGGGAGCCACGACACCGCUAGUUCCGUCUGCACCUCCAUCGUCAAGUACCUCGCCGAGCUACCCCACAUCUACGAGCGUGUCUACAAUGAGCAAGUGAAGAUUGCAAGAUCCAAAGCAGCCGGGGAGCUACUGAGUUGGGAGGAUCUGCAGAAGAUGAAGUACUCGUGGAACGUGGCGUGUGAGGUGCUGCGGUUGGCAUCGCCGUUGCAAGGGGCGUUCAGGGAAGCCAUUGCGGAUUUUACUUACAACGGCUUCUCGAUUCCAAAAGGGUGGAAGCUGUACUGGAACACGAACUCGACGCACAAGAACCCAGAGUUCUUUGCGGAGCCAACGAGAUUCGACCCGUCGCGGUUCGAGGGAUCGGGGCCGGCUCCGUAUACGUUCGUCCCGUUCGGCGGGGGAGCGAGGAUGUGCCCCGGGAAGGAGUAUGCAAGGCUGGAGAUAUUGGUGUUCAUGCACCAUCUGGUAACCAGAUUUAAACUGGAGAUGGUCUUUCCUGACGAGAAGAUUGUGAUGGACCCCACGCCUUUUCCUACUAAGGGCCUCCCUAUUCGUCUCUUUCCCCACACUUCAAUAUAGUAGAUGUGGACUAUUUAUUUAUAAGAAUAUAAUAAGAAAUAAAUAAAAUGUUUCAAAAAUAAAUUGCAUCCAUUUAUGGCUAUUUAAUUUCGUGAUCGGAUGGUCGGACCGUUCAUAAAUUGCAAUGUGACAAACUGACAAAGAAAAUAAACCUAUAAUUAAGAAUUAAACUUAAUUAGUGAAGGGUGUGUGUACGCAAUAUUUUCGUUUAAAACUCCCUCCUCACUUUAGGCGUUCCAAUUGAAUUCUGCAUGUAUUUUAAGAAAUAUAAAGGAAAGUUGAUGAAAAAAUAGUGAAAUAUGAGUCUUAUUUUUAUAUAUUA